AUGGCAGACGACGGCGCUGCGGCAGCAGCUCGACAGACACGACUCAUCAAGCUCUUUGACUCGUAUGCGAAGGGAGGCCGGACAGUAAAGUCGGCGAAUGAUAGCAAGCUUUGGUUGGAGGCGAUUUGCACGAGAAAGGAUGCGGCCAAUUGUGUGGAGCGACUUGUGGCCAGCGACAAUGCGAUGAAGGCUUUACAGAUCAGUCUUCGCUUCGACAACUCUCCGGGUUUCCUCAAUGGACCACUCAAGGACUUCAUGCUCUACAUCCAGGACCCAACGGUCCAGCAGCUAUGCAAUGGAGUGCUUUACAAACAGCUGCUUGGGCUUCUAGUGGAGCCACCAACGUUGUGGCAAGCGAUGGUACGCUCACAUCUCUCGAAGCAAUUGGAGCAAGACACAGAGCUGGGGUUCGCUAGUAUGCUGGUCGACCUGCUGUCAUGGACCGAACGUCCUCCCUAUGACGCCUUCCAGGACGCAAAAGACAUCUCGGCUCGACAGACGCUGCUAAGAUCCGAGUCGGCAGAUAUCCGCGCGCUAGGCUAUCAGGUGCAAAGCCUGGUGCGAGCUCGAAGCACUAACACCAACCACGAUGUUAAUGGACCUGGCGGCCGACAUGACAACGAUCAUGCAGACUUCCGUCAGAUUGCCAUAUUCCCCACGAGAGACGAGCUGUUAAGCAAAGGGAAGCCCUUCUUACGUCGUGGAGAUGCAAUCUAUGACACACCCUUUGAGCAGAGGGCUGUGAUUCACCUCGACAACCAGUUUCGUCUACUACGUGAAGACUUUCUUGCGGAGCUACGCAGCGAUUUGGAGAAGUUGCGACAAGGUGGCAAAGGCAAGCGUCCCGGCAUGAGGUUGCGCGGGCUCGCCCUGGCAGGUGUAUACUGUGGCAAGACCAGAGCUUCACAUCCGUUUUCGUUGCGGGUGACGUUUAGAGAGGGGGCUGGCCAAUUCCCUGGCCUGGAGCCUUCGAAGCGCAAAAUAUUUCUCAAGGACAACCCAAAGUUUCUAAAGCACCAAGCUCUUGGCGCCAUUCUUGAUGGUAAGGAUGUGAUCGCGUUUGCAACCUUGUCUCGAAUUGAAGAGCUGCUACUACUCGAGGACCCAGAGCUUGCGCUCCAGCUGCAAGGCCGAGCUGCCGUUGAGUUAAUUUUGAGAGCCUUGAAGCGCACGAACGAGCUCGACUUCGUGCUGGUGGACACUUCUGCCUUUGCUUACGAGCCAGUAUUGCAGUGUCUGCAGAGACAAAUGGAUCUACCUCUCAGUGAGGAGCUCUUAAGCUUUACUGCCACCGAAGACGAUGACCGUAUUCGAUGCUCUGGUGUUGUGUCCGCCGAACUUGCAGACAAGAUCGAAGACGCCGAAGGACAAGGCCUGGACGCAAUACUGGACCUGCCAAAACCAGUGAACCUCGAGGCUUCGCAGACAACAUCACUGCUCGCUGCACUUCGUCAGUCAGUAAGCCUCAUCCAGGGCCCACCAGGUACUGGCAAGUCCUUCAUUGGCGCUUUGCUUGCCAAAGCACUACACGAUCACUCUCGGGAGAAGAUACUGGUCAUCUGUUACACGAACCACGCGCUAGACCAGUUUCUUGAAGACUUGCUAGACAUUGGCAUAUCACCCGAGAGCAUGGUCCGUCUGGGCUCCAAGUCAACUCCUCGCACGAAACCAUUCAGUCUUUCUGAGCUCAGCAGGAACAGACGGACGCCCCAGAUGUGGGACAUCAUCAACAAGUUGAACAGCGAUACGGAGAUUCAACGAGAUACAUUGGAUGGUCUGAUGGCUGAUUUCAAGGGAUACGCACCGUCUAAGACCAACGUUCUUGAUUAUCUUGAGUUCUCGGAAGACGAUGGCGAGUUCUACGAUGCUUUCCAGCUUCCAAAGACAGAAGAUGGAGCGACUAUUGUUGGUCGAGGAGGUCGAACUGUUGGGCCAACUUAUCUUUUCGAUCAAUGGGUGAACGGCUGGCAAGCAGGCGUUUUCCAGGAUGCAGUACAGUCAGAACACGCACACAUCUGGAGCAUGGAAAAAGACUCGCGGACACGUCUUCUCACAAGCUGGCACAGCCAGAUUCUUCAGGAGAUGGUUUCAGGUAUUGGAGCCGUUGUUGAAGAUUUUAACGUCAUGGAGAGUGCGCUUCGCGCAGCCCUUGAUCAAAAGGACACAGAUCUUCUCAAGCAGCGGACCAUCAUUGCUUGCACCACCACAGCCGCUGCUAAAUAUACGAAGCACUUGCAAACUGUCGGUCCCGGUAUCGUCCUCGUCGAAGAGGCUGGCGAAGUACUGGAGAGUCACGUUCUGACAGCAUUGACCAAGGCCACGAAGCAGCUCAUUCUGAUUGGCGAUCAUCAGCAGCUUCGGCCCAAGGUCAACAAUUACGAGCUCACGGUCGAGAAAGGCAAAGGCUACGAUCUUAAUUGCUCGUUGUUUGAGCGCCUUAUCAAGGCUGGAUACCCACAUACAACCUUGCAAGAGCAGCAUCGUAUGCCUCCAGAGAUCUCAGCCUUGGUCCGCAAAUUGACAUAUCCAUACCUGGUGGAUGCCGAGAGUACCUCAAAUAGAGAGUCGAUACGUGGACUGCGCAGCAGAGUGGUAUUUAUUGACCACCGUCAGCCGGAAGUAGCGUCAAAGAUUGCAGAUCGGCGCGAUGAAGGUGCGUCAGGCAGUAAAAGCAACGAGUAUGAAUCUGCCAUGGUGCUCAAAAUUGUACGCUACAUGGCUCAGCAAGGGUAUGGCACAGAUGCUCAGACUGUACUUACGCCUUACUUGGGACAGCUGACUCUCCUUCGCCGAGAUCUGGCUCAAGAGAAUGACCCUGUGCUGAACGAUCUCGACUCCUUCGACCUCAUCAGGGCGGGCGCGAUGUCUGUUUCUAGUGCGGCAUCGGGAAAGCGACCGAUCAGGUUGUCCACCGUUGACAACUAUCAGGGUGAAGAGAGUGAUAUCGUGAUCGUCAGUCUCACACGCAGCAAUGCCGAUGGUGACAUUGGAUUUAUGCAAUCGCCUGAACGGCUGAAUGUCCUGCUUUCAAGAGCGCGAAAGGCUCUGAUUCUGGUUGGCAACUCCGAGACGUUCGUCACUAGUCGCAAGGGCGCCGAGACUUGGAGACCUUUGAUCGAGCACUUGUCAGACACCAACGCCAUAUUCGACGGCUUGCCUGUUAGAUGCGAGCAGCAUCCGGAGGUCAAGUCAAAUCUCUGCGAGCCUACAGAUUUCGACUCGCAAUGUCCCGAAGGCGGAUGCUCUGCGCUGUGUGGCGCCAAAUUGAAGUGCGGCAUCCAUGAAUGCACCCGCAAGUGCCACAGGAAUCAAGAUCACUCCAAGGUCCAGUGUAUGGAGCUGCUUAGCGACGAGUGCCCGAAGAAGCACAAAUUAAGAUGGCGAUGCCACGCACUGCGCCCUGCAACAUGCCAUACCUGCGAUGAAGAAGCCCGAAUUGCGGCAGAACGCCUACAAAGGGAUCUGGACCUAGAGAACAGACGACAGGCUCUUCAGGCUGCUUACGCAGAGCGACUCGCGAACGUGCAAUGCGAGAUCGACCAUGAGCGUCACACCAUGAAAGUCGAGCGUGAGGUCGCAGAGCAGGAGACUGUUCUUCGACAGCGUCAGCAGGACCUGCACGACGUGAAGGCACAGGCUCUUCGGCAAACGCAACGAAUGGCGGAGAGGAAGAAACCUACGACCAACGCAGCAACCGAUACAGACUCGGUGCCGGGAUCACUUCCCGCCGACUCCUCCGCCCAAAGCAACAUGAUUCAUAACCGAUCACAGCCACACGACAACACUCCCGAGACCACUCAAACUGUCACAGAUGAUGAUGAUGAGGGGGCCAGCGCACCACGCACGUCGGCCGCGUGCGAUGAAUGGCACCACCAGAAAGUGUACGAGAAGGCUCAAGACGAAUCUAUGGACAGACUCAUGGACAUGAUCGGUCUCGAGAACGUCAAAAAAGCUUUUCUCGAAAUUAAAGCGAGGAUCGACCUGGCCAUGCGGCAAGGUAGCGACGUGAAGAAGGAUCGAUUUGGUGCAGCUCUUCUCGGGAAUCCCGGCACUGGCAAGACAACUGUUGCCCGUCUAUACGCAAAGUUCUUAUCCUCUGGUGGUGCCUUACCAGGUGACCACUUCGUUGAGACUACAGGAUCAAAGCUGGCCAACGACGGCGUUCAAAGAUGCAGGAAACUGCUUGAUGAUAUAUUGAACAGUGGAGGGGGCGCUCUCUUCAUUGACGAGGCAUAUCAGCUGACUUCGGGUUCUAGCUAUGGAGGUGGUGCUGUGCUCGACUUCUUGCUCGCUGAAGUCGAGAAUUUUACUGGAAAAGUGGUGUUUAUCAUUGCCGGCUACAACAAGCAGAUGGAGGCCUUCUUCGCCCACAAUCCCGGGAUUCCAAGCCGCUUUCCCAGCACAAUCCAAUUUGCGGACUAUGAGGACACUGAGCUGCUGAAGAUCCUCAACUAUGGGCUCACAAGACGCUACGACAAUGCUAUGAAGGUGGAAGGUGGCGCAUACGGUCUGUAUGCACGCAUUUUGACUCGUCGACUAGGUCGUGGCCGUGGUAAACCAGGCUUUGGCAAUGCACGUGCUGUUGAGAACAUAUUAAGCAAUGUACUUGCUCGUCAGGCGAAACGUAUAUCGAAGGCAAGACGUGCCGGAACAUUGCCGGAUGACAUGCUCCUGGUCAAGGAAGACUUAAUCGGGCCAGAACCCUCGGAUGUACUCCGUGGUAAUGCAUCGUGGUCGAAAUUGAAUGGGAUGACUGGUCUCGGAUCUGUCAAGGAUGCGAUAACAGCACUGUUCAGUAGCAUUGACUUCAACUACCGUCGCGAGCUCGAGGAGCAGCCGCUGGUCGAUUUCAGCCUCAACAAGGUCUUCCUGGGUUCUCCAGGUACUGGCAAAACUACUGUGGCCAAAUUGUAUGGUCGUAUUCUACUUGAUCUUGGCCUCCUGUCUAACGGCGAAGUGCUGGUGAAGACACUGGCAGACUUCGUCGGCAGCGUGAUGGGAGGCUCUGAAGCAAACACGAAGGCCAUCCUCGACAAUGCCAAAGGCAAAGUUCUGGUCAUCGACGAAGCGUACGGUCUUUAUGGCGGCAGUGGCAUAUCCGACCCUUACAGAACGGCGGUGAUCGACACAAUCGUGGCAGAAGUCCAAAAUGUGCCGGGCGACGAUCGUUGUGUACUUCUGCUUGGCUAUAAGGAGCAAAUGGAAGAGAUGAUGCAGAAUGUCAACCCGGGUCUGAGGCGCAGGUUCUCACCAGACUCUGCCUUUGUCUUCGAAGACUUCAACGACGAGCAGAUGGCCGUGAUCUUCGAUGCGAAGUUGAAAAGUAUCGGCUUCAAAGUCACACCCAGAGCCCGAGAAGUCGCUCUCGAGAUGCUGCAGCGCGCGAGGAACAGACCAAACUUUGGCAACGCUGGCGAGAUCGACAAUUUGCUCAAUGACACCAAGACGAGGCAACAAAAGCGUCUUGCUAGUGAAGGCUACGCAGCACCUUCGAUGUUUGAAGCUCAUGACUUCGACGAAGACCAUGCCCGCGGUGAGAGAGCGACCACGAACUUGGCGAUGCUGUUCAAGGACGUCAUCGGUUGUGAUGGGAUAGUCUCUCAACUCCAAGGCUACCAAGAAGUCGCUGCGAAAAUGAAAGCCUGUGGUAUGGAUCCGCGCGAUGAGCUACCUUUCACAUUCUUGUUCAGAGGUCCUCCUGGUACCGGCAAGACGACGACAGCCCGCAAGAUGGGCAAGGUCUACUACGAUAUGGGUUUUCUGGCCAAGGCCGAAGUGGUAGAUUGCUCAGCCAAGGAUCUUGUGGGUGAAUACGUCGGCCAAACAGGACCGAAAACACAGAAGCUCCUCGAAAGGGCUCUUGGUAAGGUCUUGUUCAUUGACGAGGCUUACAGACUCGCCACAGGUCCCUAUGCCAAGGAGGCCGUGGAUCAGCUGGUCGACUGUGUGACCAAAACACAGUUCGCCCAGAAAGUAGUCGUUAUCUUGGCUGGGUAUGAGCACGAUAUCAACCGACUAAUGGACGUGAAUCCUGGACUUAGCUCUCGCUUUGCAGAUUCUGUGGACUUCAGAGCAAUGACCGCCGAGGAGAGCUUCAAGCUGUUAGGCAGUCUCUUCAAGCAGAAACCGCAGAUCAAGUCGGUAGUAUUGCAGACUCCGAAUCCUGCAUUCGAGCUUUCUGCCGUGAGUAAACUGCAGCAGUUGUGCUCGCUGGCCAAUUUUGCAAGUGCCCGCGACAUACAGACCCUGGCGAAGAAGCUCACACAACGAUUGAUGAGGACGGCCGAUGGAUCCGCAAGCCUGUCUGAGGCAAUGGUAUUGGACGAGAUCGCGAAGCUGGUAAAGGAGCGCUCUGACAGGACCGAUUCCGUCCUGCUCAUGACAAAUGUUCCGCCAUCAGACACACCACUGCUGGCUCAGCAACAGCAUCUCAAUCAGGCAAGAUCUGCUCCUCAUAAUCUUGCUACUACCGAAGCCAUGGAUCCGGAAUCUGUACAAGAGACAGAGCAAAAUGCAGGCGCCGGGGAGUCUGAUGAGCUUAAGAACAAUCACAACGGUGACGGUCCCGACGAUAAAGAUGGUCGUCGACUGGCGAUCAGAGACGCCGGCGUAUCGGAUGCGGUCUGGGCCCAGCUGCAGGAAGACAGACUUCGUGAGGAAGAGGAGCAGCAAGAAGCACUCAGACUUCAGCAGGAGGAGGCUCGGCUCAAGGAAUGGCUUCGGAAAUGCGCCGAUGCGAAGCGGCAGCAAGAGCUAGCAGAGAUCGAGCGGAAGCGAAAGGCUCUGGCGGAGAAGUUGAAGCAAGAGGCUCUGAUGAAGAAGAAGCUGGCACAGAUGGGCAGAUGUCCGAUGGGAUAUGAGUGGAUUCGUCAAGCUUCUGGGUAUAGAUGUGCCGGUGGCUCUCAUUAUCUGUCGGAUGGUGAUGUGAAGGGUUUGUGUGGCUGA